UACCUAGAGAGAUUGGGAAUCUUCACAAAUUGGAGUUACUUUACUUGCAAUUCAAUAAAUUAAGUGGUUCCUUACCGGAAGAGCUCUUCAAUAUUUCUACGCUAAGAGGGAUGGCACUUUCCUACAAUAACUUGUCAGGUAGUCUUCCAUCUGCUUUAGGCUACUGGCCAACGACUCUACAGUAUUUGCAUCUUGGUGAAAACAACAUUGGUGGAGUUAUACCCAACUCAUUGUUCAAUUCUUCAAAUCUAAAGGAAUUAAUACUUGAUGAUAACAGAUUCAGCGGCGGAAUUCCUAACUCGUUAGGGGAUUUGAGACAGCUUGAACGUUUGCGCUUGUUCCGUAAUAACUUAACAUUUCCACAACUAAGUAUCUUUGCUUCCUUGGCAAACUGCAGAUCUUUGAGAGAGAUAGAUUUGUCGGAUAAUCCUCUUAAUGGUGUUCUUUCAGAUUCCAUUGGCAAUCUCUCCACUUCUCUUGAACUAUUUGAUUUACGUCAUUCUGAAAUUAGUGGCCAGUUACCAUUAGGAAUUGGGAAUUUAAGUAACUUAACCGAUUUGUACCUAUUCGACAAUGACUUGACUGGAUCAGUGCCAAGCACAUUCUGUGAUUUACACAAUCUUCAAAGGUUAUAUCUUCACCAGAAUAGAUUAAUUGGACCCUUGCCAGAAUGCCUCUGCAAUUUGCCGGUGUUGGGCAUGGUAUCUUUGUCAUAUAAUCAAAUUUCGGGUCCGAUACCGUAUUGCAUUGGUAACGUUACCUCUUUGAGAAAUAUUUAUCUAAAUUCAAAUAGGCUCACUAAGAUACCUAUGAGUUUAUGGAGCCUCAAAGAUCUUGUGGAGCUUGACUUGUCGAAUAAUUCUUUGGUUGGUUCUUUACCUCCAGAUUUUGGAAAUUUGAAUGCCAUAACAUUCUUAGAUUUGUCAAGGAAUCACCUUUCAGGAAGUUUUCCGAGCACAGUGGGGGACUUGCAGAAGCUACUUUAUCUUUCUGUGGCUUAUAAUGAGUUACAAGGAUUUAUUCCUGAGUCACUUGGAAAAAUGUUAAGUUUGGAAUCGGUGAAUCUAUCCAGUAACUAUCUUUCAGGUAUGAUUCCAAAAUCAUUAGAGGCACUUCAAUAUCUAAAGCAUUUCAAUGUAUCACUCAAUAGAUUAGAAGGUGAAAUCCCAAGUAAAGGACCAUUUGUCAAUUUCACCUCUCAAUCUUUUAUGGGAAAUGAAAAGUUAUGUGGUGGUUUCCUUUUCUUACCUUGUAAGGAUAGGUCCCUUCAUCAAUCGCGGAGAAACAAAGUUCUUCUGAUUGUACUUAUCCCAUUGGCAGUUUCGUUGAUGGGAUUAGGUUCAAUUAUUCUGUUCAUGGUAAAGAGACGUGGGAACAGAAAUGUUCCAACUCAAGUCGAAUCUUUACCUGCAACAACAACACCAACCAGGAUUUCAUAUAUUGAAAUUGAAAGGGCAACUCAAGGGUUCGACCAAUGCAACUUGCUAGGCCGUGGAGGUUUUGGCUCUGUUUACAAGGGCAUGUUUUCAAAUGGGAUGGUUUUGGCCAUCAAAGUGUUUACCUUACAAUCUGAAGUUGCAUUCAAGAGUUUUGAUCUUGAAUGUGGAGUUUUGCGCAACCUUCGCCAUAGAAAUCUUACCAAAGUUAUCAGCAGUUGUUCCAACAUGGAAUUUAGAGCAUUACUACUAGAGUACAUGCCCAAUGGCAGCCUGGGGAAAUGGUUACAUUCUGAUGAUUACUUCUUGGACAUAAUCCAAAGAUUAGACAUAAUGAUUGAUGUGGCAUCUGCUUUGGAAUAUCUCCACCAUGGUUGCCCAACAGUUGUUGUACAUUGCGACUUGAAGCCUAGUAAUGUCUUGCUAGACAAAAGUUUAGUUGGACAUGUGAGUGAUUUUGGCCUGGCAAAAUUAUUAGGUGAAGGGGAAUCUACUGUUCAUACUGAAACACUUGCUACAAUGGGUUACAUUGCACCAGAGUAUGGAUCAGCAGGGUUAGUUUCUACAAGCUGUGAUGUGUAUAGCUAUGGCAUUAUGCUUAUGGAAACUUUCACAAGAAAAAAUCCAUACGAUGAAAUGUUUCAAGAAAACUUGAGCAUGAGGAGUUGGGUAUGUAAUUCACUACCUGUAGCGCCAGAGGAUAUUAUUGAUGUCAGUUUAUUGGAAUCUGAAAAGAUUGGUUUUAAGAAACAGUUGCAUCGUGUUUCUGCUAUAUUGGAGUUGGCAUUGAAUUGUACAGCGGAAUUACCUAAUGAGAGGUUGAACAUGAAAGAUGUCCUGGCAAAUAUCAAGAAGAUCAAACUUGAACUUCUUCGCGAAUGUGAUGAUGCUCCAAACAUGCCAUUCUUGCUCAACCCAAAGCAAAACAGAAGAGGAUAAUGGGAAUAAGUUGGAUUGAUUCAGUUCUCUAUUAUAUGGAGAGCCUCAUAUUUAUUAAGGGCUUCGAGUUUGCAAAAGCCUAUCAAUAAAAGGAGGAAAGAAAUAUCAACUCUGUGGAAGAAAUGACAAAACAUAGCUCACCAACGUAUAGCUGAACCAGGGGCGUAGCAUGGGGGGCGCAAGGGGUUCAUUGGAAAUCUCUUCGCUAAAAUAU